GCAAAAACAAAGUUACAGCCACAAAUUCAAUCUUCCUGGCUCUGGCCACUUUCGGCUUUCCUCUGCCCUCCUUUCCUUCAGUCUCUCUUCUCUGCGGCGGUCUGUUCGAAACGCGGCUCGAACCAACCAUGAACGAGAUCAAACCCAGCAUUUACUCUUAUUAGACCCAUUUUAUCCAAAACUCCGAGAGCCAGAGACAGACGCACUUCUGUAAUGGCUGCCACUACUUCCCUAUCUCUGCUCCCUUCUUCUCUCAGCUUCCCAACGGAACGCCCUUCAAACGCUUCCCAAUCUUCUUCUUCUUCUUCUUGUUCUGUUUUCUUCAAUGGCGGGACCCGUCUCAGGUCCCACGACAGCUUUGCUUGCGUGAGUUCGUCUCCCUCUUCAACUUGUUCUUGGAGAUUGAAUAAUGGCAGGGUCGGUGCUCACCGUUUUGGGACGGUGGUCGCUGCUUCUGGGGAUUACUAUGCUACUCUUGGAAUACCAAAAUCAGCUUCCAGUAAAGAAAUUAAGGCCGCUUAUCGUAGAUUAGCUCGUCAGUAUCAUCCUGAUGUCAAUAAGGAACCAGGAGCUACUGAAAAGUUUAAGGAGAUUAGUGCUGCAUAUGAGGUGUUAUCAGAUGAUAAAAAGAGAGCUUUGUAUGAUCAAUAUGGUGAAGCUGGAGUCAAAAGUGCAGUAGGGGGACAGUCCAGUGCUUAUACGACUAAUCCCUUUGAUCUCUUUGAGACAUUCUUUGGACCAAGUAUGGGUGGUUUUCCUGGCAUGGACCAAACUGGAUUCAGAACAGGCCGUCGUAGUACAGUUACUAAAGGUGAUGAUGUACGUUAUGACAUUGCUUUACAAUUUUCGGAGGCUAUUUUUGGAGCUGAAAAGGAAUUUGGGCUUUCCCAUUUAGAAACAUGUGAAGCUUGUCUUGGUACUGGAGCAAAGGUCGGGUCAAAGAUGAGGAUAUGCUCAACUUGUGGUGGAAGGGGUCAAGUUAUGAGAACCGAGCAGACACCCUUUGGCUUGUUUUCACAGGUUUCUGUUUGUCCAAAUUGUGGUGGGGAUGGUGAAGUCAUUUCGGAAUACUGUCGGAAAUGCUCUGGUAAAGGACGUAUACGAGUUAAGAAAAAUAUCAAAGUCAAAAUUCCUCCUGGAGUUAGUUCAGGAAGCAUCCUCAGAGUUGCUGGGGAGGGUGAUGCUGGGCCAAGAGGGGGCCCUCCAGGAGAUCUUUAUGUAUAUCUAGAUGUUGAAGAGGUAGCAGGAAUCCAAAGGGAUGGCAUAAAUCUCUCCUCAACAGUGGCCAUUAGUUAUCUUGAUGCCAUACUGGGGUCUGUUGUAAAGGUAAAAACGGUGGAAGGGGUAACUGACCUACAGAUCCCACCUGGCACUCAACCAGGGGAAGUCUUAGUCCUUGCAAGGAAAGGUGCACCUAAGCUGAACAAACCAUCUAUACGGGGUGACCAUUUGUUCACAAUUAAAGUAACCAUACCAAAUAGAAUAAGUGCCAAGGAGCGGGAAUUGCUUGAGGAACUUGCCUCUCUGAGUAAUACGACCAGCAGCCGUUCACGAACACGCCCUAGAACUCAGCCUGCCACCAAAACUGCUGAAAGUAAGGUUGGUAAGGAUGUAGAGAAAACUGAAGAACCAGCAGAUCAGAAUGAUCCAUGGACAAAGUUAAAAGCUUUUGCAGGGUCUGUUGCAAAUGUUGCUCUUAAAUGGCUGAAAGACAACUUCUAAUCUGAUAUCUGGAUUAGGUUAAGCCUAAACUUAUCCAUACCUGCCCUUGAGUACUAUGUUGCUAAAUGUUCUUUCAUCUUUCUGAUCAAGGGUUCUGAAAGGCCGUGGGAUAACUUAGUUGGAGGAGCUUUAAUUGCACUAAAAAAGGAAAGAAGGCGACAUUGAGCAAAUUGCAAUUUGCUAACUAUUGGAAAUUCUUUUAAUUUUUUAUGCAAAUUUUAUUAUUUGAAAAUUUGAUACGGUUUGCCUCAAAUGUCAUCCAUCUGUACUAUAGACCAUAAAGCAGUUGGAGGCUGUAACAACAGGUGAAUGUAAUAAAGAUUUGUAAAAGUUUAGCAAUCUUCAUGGAAUUUCAUGUUCAAUCUAGGCAUGAGCCUCAUGAUGGGCUACCAAGAAGUUACUGAA